AUGGCCGAGUAUCUCCGAAAGCCCAUCGUGUCGUUACUUUGGCUCUGGCCCGCUCUAUUUGGAGUUCAAAUUGAGAUCUGGAAGCGCAGCUUUGAAGAAGCCCCUUUGGCGAGCAUGAUUCCUCACUUUGGCAUUAUUCAAGUCCAAGUCCAGUCCAAGUCCAAGUCCACCCAGAAUCCCACCUUCCGCGACAGUUCGAUCCCAGAGCUGGAAGGUACUGUCCGAGUCGACCCUUUCUCUCUCCGUAGGCCUGAUCCACAGAUUGAUCACGAUUCCUGUAGCCACAGCAACGACGAUGCCAAGUCGGGUCUGGAUCUGGCAUCGACGACACAGCUCGGGUCCUAG